AUGGCAUCAAACGAAAAUUUGACAGAUACUACAAGAACACUCGUCCAAACGGCUCUUAACAUUGACAAAACUUUUACGGUGGCAAAAGGAACGGCUGGCGAUACAACGUUUACGUUGGCACAGCCGACGGAUGUGGUGUGCGAUGUGGAUGAGCGAAAUAAACGACACGCUGAGGCGUUGACGACCUGGCUGAAUUACUUGCUGAGGGAUGAGUGCGAUGACGAUGAGAGUUUUCAUGAGACGGCGGCAAGGAAUAAAAAUGAUGCCGAUCGUCAUCUGCGAGAACUUUUGGCGGCUGGUCCCAAUGCGCGAUCAAAUGUGAAAGCAGUGGAAUCGCAGCCGAAUAAACAAACUGGUUUCAAUUUCAAGACGUUCUUUGCCGAUGCACGAAUGACGGCAAUCAGAAGCAGGUAG